ACACUCACAGAAAUCCGAUGAAGAAGGUGAAGAAAAAACGAGAGAGUAAAAGUAGAGAGAAAGUGAAACACGUGAAAUAACGUGGUAACACCCCGUGAGUAAACUUCCACGGCGGCUAGAUGUGUUUAUUGAUGAUUUCAGGCAGAUACAAUUACAGAGAAUUUGACUCUUGCCUCUCUACAAAAAUUAGCUACAAAGGAGAAUAUAUAUAGGCAUUACAACCUCUAUUUACUUAACCAUUAAGAAAACUUAGUCAUUAAGCAAACUUAGCCAUUAAAAGCCUGUCUCUACCUGGUUGUAUUGGAUGUGGCCAUAUGGACCACUUCUCCAAGUUGCCGCUGGAUUGCAUGUCUGAAAUUAUUUCCCUGACGUCGCCGCCUGACGCCGCCGCGUUCUGUCUCAUCUCCAAACGCUUCAAAUCGGCAUUGGAGUCGAAUGCCGUCUGGAAGAAGUUCUUGCCGCCGGACAUUGAUGACGUCCUCUCUGAAUCGCCAUCCACUACCAUACCCUGGAAGAAGAAGAAGAAGAAGAAGGAUCUUUAUCUUUCCCUAUCUCACUCUCCUAUUCUCCUCGACCGUUGCAAUUUGAUCACGCCAGACGGAGACGUGCGUUCGGUCCAUAGCAAGGAUGAGGACUGGGAUGUUCCCCAAGCACAGAAGAAGCUGAAGGGAAAGGCUGUCCAGCCUGAGGGAUCCAGGAGCGAAAUCAAUUCUUUCGAUGAGCUGGCCGAGGUGUUUCAAGAAAAGUUCAAAGAAAACUGUACCAAGAGGAAAAAAUUUACCUACUUGAGUACAGUCGGGCAGCGGGAGCAUGAAGAUUUAACCAAGUUCCUUACCCGAUGGAAGGAUGAAGUUGACAAGGUGGAGGAGAUGGACGAUAAAACAGCCAUGUCCCUCCUGGUGUCCGGGCUCCGUUUCGGAGAGUUGUACAAAGAAUUUUGCUGGAGGCCUCCCCAGUCCUACCAAGAGGCCUACAACACGGCUUGGGACUACGCUGACGCCGAGGCACAGGUGUCGUCUAAGAGGGAGGCUGAGCAAGGCCAUUCCAAGGGAAAGAUUUCCUUGAAAAAGGAAAUCGAAUUGCCCGGCAGGUUGAAAACGAAAGUCUUGGAGGUAAAGCCGGUCAAAACAGAAAAGAAACCAGCCAGGGAGAAGCAAUGGACGGAGAAGUAUUGCUCCUUCCACAAAACGGAUUCCCAUAACACUGCUGAGUGCAAUAGUGUUAAGGGGGUGAUCAAACAGAUGAUUGAGGCCGGAGAGCUCGACCCCAAGUAUUUGGCUCAGGCAAAACCAAAGAAAAACCAAUGGGUCAAGCCCGAAGGACAACCGGCCGAGGAGAACAACAAGUCAUCUACAGAGGACCGGAAGGGGGGGAUUCUGCUUCCCAAAGGAAGAAAUGGGGGCAAGAGCUCUACGUCGAAACGUAGUGUCAACGUUUUGUACUUGGAUGCAUUUGAGAAGCUCAAGCUGUUUCGAACACGGCUUGAGCCCUUGAAGACUCCCCUGUCCGGGUUCACUGGAGAUUCUGUUGAAGCUGAGGGGUCGAUUCUCCUAACUUGCGAAUUGGGCACGGGAGACAUGGUCGUACAAGAACAGAUGAGGUUUGUGGUCGUGAACAUCAAAUGUGUUCACAAUGCCAUUUUAGGCUGGCCUGGAAUAAACAAAGUCCGUGGAAUCAUUUCCAUGGCCCAUCUUUGUAUGAAGUUCCAUACCCCGGGCGGUAUAGGACAAGUCAGAGGAGAUCAAAAGAAGGCCCGGUCUUGUUACUUGGAAGCUGUGAAGAAGAUGACGAAGGCCUUCGAAAGGGUUACCUUGGUCUCCCAGGAAGAGGACCGGUCGAAAUUGGAACCGGGUGACGAGACAGAGCAAAUUGUUCUCCGGGAAGCUUUCCCGAAAAAGAUGGUAAGGAUAGGCAGGGACCUGCCCGGAGGACUUCGAGAGGAAAUCAUCUCAGUCCUUCGGGAGUACGCAGAUAUAUUCGCUUGGAGUGUGGCGGAUAUGCCGGGCAUCGACCGCUCGGUCAUAUGCCACCGGUUGGCAGUGAUGGAAGGUAGCCGGCUAGUAAAGCAAAAGAAAAGAUACUUGGCAAAUGUCCGCAAGGACUUUGUUAAGAAAGAAGUGAAGGAUUUGUUGUCGGUCGGGCACAUCAGGGAGGUCAAGGGUGAGAUGGAAGUCAAAGAAGAACGUCUCGCUCGAUAUAGUGACCUGGUCCGAGCACUUCUAAGGGAGUUAGAGGAGUUUCGUCUGACCAGGAUACCCCGGUCAGAAAACACUGAUGCUGACAUGCUUUCCAAAUUAAUGCAAGCUUGCCCAGAGCAUGUCUCGAAGUUGGCCAAAAUCGAAAUAUUGGACCAACCUAGUGCUGACCGGUUUGAGGUCGCAGUUAUCCAACCAGGCCAGAGUUCAGCGACCGGGGUAAUAGAAGCAGAUGAUGACUGGAGGUACGAUCUCAUGGAGUAUUUGGAGACCGCCCGGUUACCAGUUGAAGCGAAAAUUCCAACAUUUAGAGAGACCGUAUACCAGCCCGGUCAGAACGAGGUCGACCACCUAGCUGAAUUGAAUCUGAUGGAAGAACGAAGGACCAUAGCAGCUGUCAAGAUGGCCGGUUACCAACAGUCAGUAAAGAGAUAUCAUGACAACCGGGUGGGCCCACGGUACUUCCAAGUGCAUGAUGAGGUCUUACGCAGAAGGGAUGCCAGUAAACUUAAUGAGAGAGGCAAGCUAGUACGUAACUGGGAAGGACCCUAUUGCGUAAGGGCAAUCAUCAGACCGGGCACUUAACAGCUGGAGACCAUGGAAGGUGGCCGAGUUGACCGGCAUUGGAACUCUCACCAUUUGCGUAAAUUUUUUAGAUAAAGUGUAAUGAGUCCCCGGUUAUUAAUAAAACUUUGAUCUUUUC